UGCUUCUCUUGGCUGCACCUUUCUGUGCCUGUCUGCAGGCGGGGGGGAGAUGUUCAUUUGUCUGCCUAAUGCAUGAUUUCCAUACACCGCUGCCUUUUUCACCAUACUGCCACCGCUUUAUACUCAGGACCGCAGUAUAACCGCAUGAAAUCCCUACCUACGAGCUCUUGGAAAUGGCUAACAAUACAAUCAUCGUAUCGAAAGAUGAACUAGCAGACCUGAAGGAGGCUUUCGACAAAGUCGACCUUGACAAUAGCGGAUAUGUGAAUGAUUAUGAGCUCCAGGAGUUGUUUAAGGAAGCCAACCUCCCGCAGCCUGGAUACCGUGUUCGAGAAAUAAUUGAGAAAAUAUUCUCAGCUGCCGACCGCAACAAGGAUGGAAAGAUAGACUUUGGAGAAUUUGUGUCGCUGGUUCAAGAGCUGAAAAGCAAAGAUGUGAGCAGAACAUUCCGAAGAUCAAUCAACAGGAGGCUAGGCAUAACGGCAAUAGGUGGGACAUCUCCCAUUUCCAGCCAAGGCACACAGCAUUCUUAUUCAGACGAAGAGAGGGUUGCUUUUGUGAACUGGAUAAAUGGCGCAUUAAAAGAUGACCCGGACUGUAAACAUCUCCUGCCCAUGAACCCAUCCAAUAACAGUCUCUUCGCAUCGCUCAGGGAUGGCAUUUUGCUUUGCAAAAUGAUCAACUUGUCCCAACCAGACACUAUUGAUGAAAGGGCCAUUAAUAAAACCAAGCUGACGCCAUUCACCAUCUCAGAAAACAUAAACCUAGCCCUGAAUUCAGCCUCGGCCAUUGGGUGUACGGUAGUCAAUAUCGGAGCUCAGGAUUUACAAGAAGGAAAGCCGCAUCUAGUGCUUGGGUUGCUGUGGCAGAUUAUUAAAGCUGGACUGUUUGCAGACAUUGAAAUAUCCAAGAAUGAAGCGCUUAUUGCCCUACUUAAGGAUGGGGAGACAUUGGAAGCAUUAAUGAAACUUUCUCCUGAAGAACUCUUGCUUCGCUGGGUGAACUUCCAUCUGACAAAUGCAAAUUGGCCAAACAUACAAAACUUUAGUAGUGACAUUAAGGAUUCCAGAGCUUACUACCAGUUGCUGAGACAAAUUGCCCCAAAGGAAGGUGUCGGGGGUGUCGAGAUUUUCAUUGACUUUUCUGGAUUUAACGAAGCGAAUGAUUUGAAGAGGGCUCAUUACAUGCUCCAACAGGCUGACAAGCUGGGUUGCAAGCAAUUUGUGACUCCAAAUGAUGUGGUUUCGGGCAACCCCAAACUGAACAUGGCCUUCGUUGCAAAUUUGUUUAACAUGCACCCAGCUCUCAACAAAGCCAACGGGUGUGAUUUUGAUACAAAUCUAAUUGAAGGAGAAACAAAUGAGGAGAGAACGUUCCGAAACUGGAUGAAUUCUCUAGGAGUAAGCCCAUACGUCAACCACAUAUAUAGCGACAUGACUGACGCGCUAGUGAUCUUCCAGUUGUAUGAGAGGAUCAGACAGCCAGUGGACUGGGGCCGCGUCAACAAGCCUCCAUUUUCAAACCUUGGCGGACACAUGAAAAAGAUAGAGAACUGUAAUUACGCUGUGGACAUUGGAAGGAACAGAGCCAGGUUUUCUUUAGUGGGUAUCUGUGGGCAUGAUCUGCACGAAGGUAACCGCACACUGACACUGGCAUUGUUGUGGCAGCUAAUGAGAAGAUACACGUUAUGUGUUUUAUCCGACCUGGGAGAGGGUGCAAAAAUUGAUGACCGAACAAUCUUAAAGUGGGUUAACGAAACACUUGCUGAUGCAAAGAAGACCACCUUUAUCACCAGUUUCAGGGAUCAUUCCAUUAGUACAAGUUUACCUGUGUUAGAUUUAAUUGAUGCUAUUGCACCGAAAGCACUUAAUCCAGACAUGGUGAAAAGGGAGAAGCUUUCCGAUGAGGACAAGAUGAACAAUGCAAAGUAUGCCAUUUCCAUUGCUCGGAAGAUUGGAGCCCGGAUAUAUGCCCUGCCUGAAGAUCUGGUAGAUGUUAAACCAAAGAUGGUGAUGACAGUAUUUGCGUGCCUUAUGGGAAAAGGAUUGAACAAGUUCAAAUAAUGCAAUUCCUCAAUACCCGAAUUGUUUUACUGCCACGUUUCGUAUGCCGAAUGCCUUAAGGGUGGGUGGUUUUCAGCCCCAGUGUUUAAGUACCAUGGAAAGGACAGAUUGUUUCGGAUUUUCCUAUACGAGCACAGUGAGUUAGAUGAGUAAACCUGUGCGUAUAGGGAUUCUGGCCUGUUUGUGGUCUUGAAGUCUUGGGCUACGAAAAGCUGAUAAUGAAUUGCUCUCUAGAGAUAAAAAUGAUGUGAAAUAUAUGUAAUGAAAAAUAAAAA